GCAGUCUCGUAUCGUAUGCGAUGACGUGCUUCGGUCGUUCAUUCGUUAUGUGCUUGGGUUUAUUUGCAGAUCGCUUGAGAGCGCGCUUCGUUCAAAACUUGUUCUUGAUGGCUGCUUAAUGUGCGAAUAGUAAAUUAGGGUAGUGCUUAAAGUACAGUGUUACAAUGAAGCUUGCCACUUACGAAGCGAUAAUAGAAAAGCUGCACUCGCUCGAUCGUCGCGAUUGCCUGGGCGAGCUGCGAUCAUGUUUUCCCGACGUUGGCUUGGUCACUCUUCGCAGCAUCAUUUCAGCCGAAGUGCAGCGAAAGAUCAAGCGAACAUACCACACGCUCGUGUCACCCGAAGUUGCAAGUGAACAUUACAGAUAUUACAGCACGUGCAUUGCAGCAUCCGAGAAGCCGGGCUUCCUCCUCCGCUACGCUGACCAGCAGAGCGUCACUCCGGCCCUCAUGGCGCGCGUCAUCAUCGAGAAACACUACGAGAAGACGGCGGAACCUCCUUCGAGGCAAGAUAUCAGCCAAAUGCUAAAAGACAGUGCCACCAUCAAAGAUGGAGCCUUGGCGACAGAAGUGUUUAUAUGCGUAAUUAACGACAAGAUUUACGGACCCUUAGCUGACGGCAUGAAAAAUGCCAUCGGCUUGGAGUACGAAGUUCAUCUCAAGACGGAGCUUGCCGACUUGGGGCUGGCUUUCGUGGACGAGAACGUGCUUCGAGAACGCGGCUACGACAAGACCCCGGACGUCAAGCUCGAGUUGCCCAUCGUAGUCGACGGCAUGGUCGUCACGUGGGUGGAAAGCAAGGCGCAGUUUGGCGACCCCGACGGUCACAGAAUCUAUGUGCGCGACCAGUACCAAAGCUACUGGAACCGCUUUGGGCGCGGCCUAGUCAUCUACUGGUUCGGCUUCGUCGACGAGAUUGUGUCUACGCGUGACGAAGGAUUCAUCGUUAGAGACCACAUGCCCAAGAACAUUACACGCAUGGAAGAAGUGUUAGGUGUUACUUUAAACUGACGUCUGCCGAAAACGUCGUACUGUCUCUCACCAAACGUUCCGUACGCCAUCCAUCGCUGCGGCUCCGCGAUUCUGCAGCAGAGCACGAGGUCGUGGAAUUGAGUCCCGCCUGCAACAGCUGUAUUUCGACAGGCGAUGUAAUGCAAGUACGUUUACGUACUUAAUGACUCGGGCGCACUUACAAAAACCCAGAGUGGCCACAAUUUCUGCCCUCCACUAAUGUCACUCAGCCUACAGCUCAGCUUUAGUAUCUCGAAACCCAACAUCUCCAGACACUACAUGUAAAGUGGAAGUAGCUCUUCUGCAUUUUACUUGAUGGGAACUGAAGCAGUUGGUGCAGCUACGCUGAACUAAAUGGCUAAUAAAUAAAGGUUUCUCUUGUUUUCUUACUA